AUGUCUCGUGAUCUUCACUAUGAACUGUCAGUUGAGAUACGCAAUAGAUCUGCUGGUCUCAGCCGCAAAUGCCCUGACGACUCUGCUGCAGCAUCAGAAUGGCAAAAGGAGUUGUAUCUCAUCUUUGUAGAUUCCGAAAAAGCCUUUGAUACGUUGAGAUGGGACAGUAUCUGGUCCCGCCUACAAGAAAUCAGUAUCCUCGAGAAAAUAAUUAACACCACAAAAACUCUGUACAGGAACUACUCUAGUAAAGUCACGUAUAGCGGGCUCGUCUCUAAGGACAUAGCGAGUGGGGUAUACCCCACUCUAUACCACGGUGCUAAUAAUAAAAAUCCAAAUCUGGUUAUAAACAACAUCCUAGAGGAUUUAGAUUAUGCCGACGACAUCUGCCUCUUUUCCAACUUGGAGACACCAGGCUAUGUCGGUUUUGCAAAUCUACCGAACCAAGUCCAUCGAAAAUCGGUGAAGAAGGGUUUUGAGUUUACACUAAUGGUUGUCGGUGAGAGUGGGCUGGGCAAGUCCACGCUGGUCAACUCUCUUUUCCUCACCGACUUGUACCCUGAAAGAGUUAUACCUGACGCUAUUGAGAAGACAAAUCAAACAGUUAAAUUAGACGCUUCGACUGUUGAAAUUGAAGAGAGGGGUGUUAAAUUGAGGCUGACCGUAGUUGACACACCAGGAUAUGGAGACGCUAUUGACAACACUGAUUGUUUUCGGUCGAUAAUACAAUACAUCGACGAGCAAUUCGAACGCUUCCUACGUGACGAAAGUGGUCUCAACCGCCGUAACAUCGUAGACAAUCGCAUUCAUUGCUGCUUUUACUUCAUUUCGCCUUUUGGACAUGGUUUGAAACCAUUGGAUAUUGAAUUUAUGAAACAACUCCACAAUAAAGUGAACAUUGUACCAGUUAUUGCGAAAGCUGAUUGUCUAACGAAGAAAGAAGUACAACGUCUUAAAACCAGGGUAAUGGAAGAAAUCGAACGAGAAGGCAUCAAGAUUUACCCUCUUCCAGAUUGUGACAGCGAUGAAGAUGAAGAUUAUAAGGAACAGGUGCGGCAGCUGAAGGCGGCGGUGCCGUUCGCGGUGUGCGGCGCGGGCCAGCAGCUGGAGGUGCGCGGGCGCCGCGUGCGCGGCCGCCUGUACCCGUGGGGCGUCGUCGAGGUCGAGAACCCCGACCACUGCGACUUCAUCAAGCUGCGGACCAUGCUUAUCACGCACAUGCAGGACCUUCAGGAAGUGACUCAGGAGGUACACUAUGAGAACUACCGCUCGGAGAGGCUCGCACGCAACGGACAAAUUCCUAAACGACACACUUCAAAUGAAAGCGGUUUGAGUGAAUCUGACUCCGGACUGACGAAUGGCUCCAAUGAGGACGCCACUGAACGCGAGAAAGCUUUGCGUGAGAAGGAGGCGGAGCUGCGCCGCAUGCAGGAGAUGCUGGAGCAGAUGCAGCGCCAGAUGCAGCUGCAGGCCGCCGCCGGCUCCGGCUCCGCAUAG